AUGUCUUCUGGUGUGGAUUUAGAGGUACCUAUGCUGUUUAAAUUUAGUUUUACUCUUCUUAGGAAAUAUAUGUUUCUUCAGAUAUAUAUCUAUGUGUACAGACUUGAAUUGGAUUCAGAUUUUGUGGACAUAAACUCUUUUGAUUUAACUAGCGCACGGGUCGCCCUAGCCUCGAUAUGUGUGAACGUUAAAUCAAAGUCCAAAUCUGAAGAUAAAUUGAAUAUCGUAUGGGAUAAUAACAUUGACUUUGACAGUAUCGAAGAUGAAGAGUUAAGUCGAUCCGGUCAAGUACGGAUGCCUAAUUGGUUUCUGAUUUUUCCCGGUACCAAGUGGUGUGGAGCUGGAAACAUAGCAGACGAUGAAAAUGAUUUUGGUGAAUUUAGGGACACAGACAAGUGUUGCCGAAAUCAUGAUUUAUGUCCUGAUAUAAUUGAAGGCUAUCAAACUAAGCACAACCUCACCAAUCCAUCGUUUUUCACAAGAUUAAACUGCGAAUGUGACGAAGAGUUUCAUAAGUGCUUAAAGUCGGUAGACAGUCAAAUUUCAACGCAAGUUGGACAUUUAUACUUUACUGCCUUGGGAACUCAGUGCUAUAGUCUAGACUAUCCAAUUGUAUCAUGUAAGAAAUACUCCUAUAUCCCAAGAAAAAAAUGCAAGGAGUAUGAAUUCGACAAAACUAAAGAUAAAAUUUACGAAUGGUUUGAUGUGCCAAAUUAUUGA